AUGUGCGAGCGCUACCCAGGGUCCGGUAUGUGCGAGCGCUACCCAGGGUCCGGUAUGUGCGAGCGCUACCCAGGGUCCGGUAUGUGCGAGCGCUACCCAGGGUCCGGUAUGUGCGAGCGCUACCCAGGGUCCGGUAUGUGCGAGCGCUACCCAGGGUCCGGUAUGUGCGAGCGCUACCCAGGGUCCGGUAUGUGUGAGCGCUACCCAGGGUCCGGUAUGUGUGUGUGCUACCCAGGGUCCGGUAUGUGCGAGCGCUACCCAGGGUCCGGUAUGUGCGAGCGCUACCCAGGGUCCGGUAUGUGCGAGCGCUACCCAGGGUCCGGUAUGUGUGUGCGCUACCCAGGGUCCGGUAUGUGUGAGCGCUACCCAGGGUCCGGUAUGUGCGAGCGCUACCCAGGGUCCGGUAUGUGCGAGCGCUACCCAGGGUCCGGUAUGUGCGAGCGCUACCCAGGGUCCGGUAUGUGUGAGCGCUACCCAGGGUCCGGUAUGUGUGAGCGCUACCCAGGGUCCGGUAUGUGUGAGCGCUACCCAGGGUCCGGUAUGUGUGAGCGCUACCCAGGGUCCGGUAUGUGUGAGCGCUACCCAGGGUCCGGUAUGUGCGAGCCCUACCCAGGGUCCGGUAUGUGCGAGCGCUACCCAGGGUACGGUAUGUGUGAGCGCUACCCAGGGUCCGGUAUGUGUGAGCGCUACAAGGUCCGGUAUGUGCGAGCCCUACCCAGGGUCCGGUAUGUGUGA